GCUUUUGUAAUGUUGUGAUUAGAAGUUGUUGACGAGGAAAAAGUAUUUUGUUGCAUUCCAAAAUUAUCAAUAAUCUGGUGGCACGACUGAAUGAAUUCAUAAGUGACAGCUGCAAUUAGCAAGUUAUUAUGAGAAGUUCAGUGUGUACAUUAAAUGCAGCACCAGGAGAAAACUAUAAUAUGAACUUUCCUGAUUAUGGUCAGACAACAGCUCAUCAUUCUUGUCUUCUUGUGCUCAUCCGUGGCAUUGGGCCUAAUAAACCCAGAACUUUACAAAAAAUAUUUGAGAGGAUUCAAAAGGUCAAUAAUGUAAAAAUAAAAGAUUCAUCUGGUCAAACAAGAGAUAUUUUCAUCAGAUACGUAAGAGAACAUGCAGUGGAGAAUAAUGAAUGGGGUGAUUUUCAAACUCAUAGAAGAUUACUCGGCCUCAUUACAGUAGGAAAGUUUGAAUCUCAGGGGGAGCUGAAUGAAUUAUGUCGAGUUCAUGAAAGUCUGAAAGUAAAGUACACAUCGACAUUGUACGAUACACGAUCAAUUCUUUUUGCUCCGUCGACAAAUGAAAAUGACUCAAAUGAUGAUAAAAUUCCCUUAGAAAAGACAUCAAAUGGAAACGACAGCACAUCGAAUGGAUUUAAACUUGAAGACAACGAACAACAAAUCCUUAUUGACAAUAAUUUAGUUCUACCGACAAUAUUUAAAAGUCGAGGAUUCUUCUAUGUUGAAAAUAAUGCCUGCCAUAACUUAGAAUCUCGAAUCACGGAUUUUAUUCACUCACUUUUUUGGAUUCUUGAGUCAAAACGAUUGGAAAGAACGAAAGAGAAGUUUGAUAAAGUUAGUUUAUUGCUUGCACCUUUCGAAAAGAAAGAUUUCGUUGGCUUAGAUAUGGAAAGUCGAGUGAACAAAAAACGAAUCAUGGGACGUGUCACUAAGAAUCUCGCUGAUUUGACACUUCAAUGUGGAUUAAUGAGUUUAGAGAAAUCAAGUCCUGAUUCAACAACAUCAUCAGCGUCUUCAUCCGAAUCAUCAAAUCUUGCGUCUCUUUCAAAUCUAUCAUCUGAUAAUAGUGGAGGAUCAUCGAACGAAUCCGAUUCAAAGACGACGACACCAAAUGAAAGCAACAAACAACAAUCAAUGCCUUCAAAUAUUCUCCAACCAGAUGAAAUUGCAAUCAAAUAUCGUGAAGCGAUUAUCAAUUACAGUAAAUAUCGAAUGGCUGGAAUAAUUGAAACAGAAGCAGCAUUGAAAGCAGCACGAAUUUGUAUCGAGCAGAAUCAAAAUUUAGAUGUUGCCAUGUUUCUACAAAAUGUUCUUUACAUCAAUCUCAAUAUGAAUGAACAAGAACGUGUACGACGCUUUGAGACUUUAACGGAACUUUAUCAACAGAUUGGUUAUCAUAGAAAAGCAGCAUUUUGUCAGCGAUUAGCUGCGUGGCGUCAUAUAGCUCAAUCAAAUACUAAUCCCGACUGGCAAGCAAGUUAUCGACUCAUGCUUGAAAGUUUUCGCGGCCAUAAAUUGUCACUUGAGCCGACAGAAGUGCUGACAAACAAUCAAGGUUGGCCUUGUCUUCAAAUUGAUUUAUUGCAACAGCUUGUUGGAACAGCAAGACGUCUAGGACAAUCUGCCCUUGCAACAAGACAUAUGACAUUCUUACUUCAAACUCAAUGGAAGAAUCUUUCAGAGAAUGAACAAAGAGAGAUGUGUCUGCAACUUCAGAGUUUAAGUGCGCAAUGUGAAGGAAGUCCAGUGCCACUGUUUCUGGAGAAUGGAACAGUCAUUCCACCAGCAAAUUUAACAGACUUACCUUAUUGCUUAUCGUAUCAAUUGGAACAGCUACCAUUACAUCUUCGUCCCUUCAAAAUCGAAGCAAAUAAAGUUGAUUGUGGACCUUUUCUGUUCACACCAAUUCAUUUCAAUUCGUCAAUCGAUCGACGAACAGCUGAAACAAAGAAACGUGACAGUAAAAUUAGCUUUUUAUGGGUGCAACAUGCAAAAAGUGAAGUUGUGGUGAAAUUUCGCAAUCCACUUCCAUUUGAACUUCAAGUUAAUGAUAUGAGAUUACUAACCGAUGGAAUUGUAUUUGAAUCAAUUCCGGAAAGCGUCGUUGUUCAAGCGAACUCAUUACUUUCUGUUUCUCUUUUCGGCACACCAUUGGAAGUUGGUGAUUUGGAAUUAAAUGGCUACAGUACUCAUACACUUGGUGUAAAAUCUAACUGUCGAUUGAAGCAUAUGCUUGACGAUCGAAGUUUUCCAACAAAUUAUAAAGUUAAUGUUAUUUCUGCUUUACCGACAAUCGAAUUGAAAACUUCUUUGCCCUCUUCAGGAAGUCAAAGUAGUGGUGCUAAUGUUAUUUGUACAGCAAAAGUGUCACUUUACAAUGGUGAAACAAAGGAAUGUGAAAUUACGAUUACAAAUACAAGUAAUCUUCUUAUAGAGUAUAUGGACAUUGAUUUAAAUUCAAGUGUCGAUGGAAAAACACAAAAGAGAAUGUUUAUGUUUGACGGGAAUGAAAUUAAAGAAAAUUUACCUCUAGAAGCUGGUAAAAGUUUUAUUCUUCAUUUGCGAAUUUACGGCGAUGCUGAUUUUAUUGGAGCCUUAGGAACACCAAUUCCACCAAAUUUCUCAUCAUCCUCAACACAACAUCAUCAAACUGGUGAUGGACCAUCGUCAUUUAGUGGAGUAAAUUUGUUAAUAUCGGGAACAGCAAAUAGUUUUCCUUCUCGUGUUAAUUCUCCGAUAAAAAGAAACAAUGAACAAACUUCAAGCUUCAGAUCAUCAUCGACAUCUGGUGCAGUAAAUUCAGGUCAUUCAUCGUUAGCCACAAUGAGUCUUGCAGCAAUGAUAAAUAAUGGAAAUCAACUUCGUGCAUUUGAAGUUCUUAUCAAGUUCCGUUAUUCUGGUGGGAAUGGUCUUAUCGAAGGAUUUUGUCGUGAAUGUUCGAUAGCUUUUAAUGUUGAAUUACUUCCAAGUAUUCAAAUCACGAGUUGGGAUGUAUUGCCGGCUGAAGUACCUUCGCAGUUUUAUCUUGUACUUGAUGUGGCAAAUCUUACACAGCAUGAAAUAUCGUUGAGUUAUCCAAAUGAUAAAGUCAUUUUGAUCGAGCCAAAAGAGAGUUGUCGUGUACCAGUUCCAGUUGAAAGAUGUCCUUUGGAUCAAAUUUUAGCUGAUUAUAAACAGCAACAAUUAACAUCGGACGAAGGAAGUGGAAACUACAGUGGAACGUUUAACAUUUCCGAAAUUGAUUUGCCUGAAAAGCUUUGUUCUGAGCAUAUAGCGGAAUUAGUCAAUUUAAAAUAUCAUUUGAGUUCAUUGGACAUUAAUGGAAAUGCAACAUUGCGUGGAAUCUCUUUAUCAUCAACAAUGCUUGAUUUGGUGACAGUCUCCCCGAUUCAAUGGGAAAUUAAAAUUAACAAGAAUUCUAUUCUUCCGCAAUCGGAAAUAACAGUAUCAUGCGGAUCACCAAUAACAAUUGAAAUUAAUAUAAGCAAUAAUCAAGCGACGACACUGAAUAAUUUGAUUCUCUCCGUCCAAUUUUAUCAAGACUACCAGAAUGGCACGCAAAAUUAUCGUUUGGAGACGAGAACUUGUUUGUCGGGACCGAAUCACACAUUAAUUCCAUCGUUGGGUAAAGGAGAAAAUGUGUCUUAUGAAUUUUCAGCACUUUUCUUCACGCGUGGAAGAUUCAAAGUUGAUAUUCAGUGUAAAAAUGAUCCUAAAAUUGGACGAAUGCCAUCAUCAUCAUCAGCUCUUCCUUCUGUUAAUAAUAAUGAUACUCAUCAUGUCUAUAAAUUUAUUCCUUCAAUCGAAAUUACAGUAAAUUGAAAUUUUCCCCAGUUAUUCUUAAGAAUAAACGUACAUAAAUCCAAGAUGAAAAUUAUAUUCCUUUUUGCAAGCCUUUUUGAAUCUACUUUUAAUUUUUUUUUUACAUAAAAGGCAGAUUUCAAUGAAGGUAAAUAUAUGCUGGGUGAUGUUUAUUUAUAAAUCUAGUCACUCGUGGCAAUUGACGAUGUUGGUGGUUGAUGAAAUGCUAUUAAAAACACAACAAUAUGUUUAUUUUGUGGAAAAGCUAAGCAGCCAUCUGUUGCACAUGAUUAAGAUUUAUAUUUAGUUUACUCAGCUCAAAUUUCAACUGAAUACAAGGAACGAUUUAUAAGGUUCAUUUUAUAAAAGCAAUUGAAUGUGACUGUUUUUCUUUUUACGAUUUUUUAUACAUUUAAAUACCUACAUAAUAUAAUUAAUAAUUUCAGUUCUAGCAGAAUCAUUUGUUGAGUGCUUCUUUAGAUUAUUAAAUUCAGUUGCUAAUUGUCUAUCAAACCACUUAUGAGAAAUAAAAUUUCAACUAUCUAAUUUUAUUUUCCCAA